AUGGAGGGGUUUUCUCCAACUCGAGGAUCGCCGUCGGAGCAGCUUACUGCAUUCAACCCAAUGGGGUAUGACGCUUUUUCCAACCGAGCAAACCCUGCCCCGUUCCCUGGAAUGGAGACAAUUCGUCCGACUGGUGACCCGUUUGCCUGGUCCAAUGAGACAGGGUCCACGCGCGUUCUCUCAUCUCAAACCACCACUGCAACCUCUGGUUCUUGCUAUGCCUAUCCAGUGCCGUCGACCCUUGACCAGGCGAACACUCAGUACCAGAGCUCGUCUGUUUCGCCUCAGCUGACUCGCACAAUUAACGCAGCUCACUAUGCAAUCGGUCAAUCCCAGUUCCCUUCGGCUUCUACCCAGGUAUCUCCUAGCGCUGGUCCUGGUGGAAUGCGAUACUCGCCUUCCCAUGCCCAGGCAUCCCGGUCGCUUCCUCAAAUGCAAUACUCGCCUCAUUUUUCGACUCAUGCUCAGGCACAUCUAGGAGCAUCUCAGUGCCCGCUCUCUCCUGUUCAGACUGCUAUUGCCAACGCUCGGUACUCACCAUCGCAUGAAGAAAUCAGUUAUGAAUACACCCCGACCCCGGAUUUCAUAUCUAGUUUGUUCGCAGCCACUCGCGAUCCUGCAGUUGGAAACAUCACCACCUCCAACAAUGCGCUGGUCCAUGCUUCCCCCGAAACCCAAGCUGGUCGAACUGGUACAACCGACUUAUCUUCACGAUCGCUUUCCGGUGGAACUCAUGAUGUUACCGAGAAGCAUCGAAGCUUUAUCGUGCACAAUGUCUCCCUCGACACCACUCACCGAUCUAUUGUUAUGAUGUUCCCCAUUGAUGAAUAUCCUUCCCUCGAGGAUGUUUGCCUCAAGAAACUCGAGGCUGAGGGCAUGUUCUCAUUUUCUUUCGGCGACCUUCGAGAGGCCAUCCACGCCAUGAAAAAAAUCCGCCUCACUCGCCCUACAUGGCGCGUCUUCCCGGCUAGUUGCGAAGAAAUUACCAAUUUCAAGGGAACCAGCAGAUCCAAGGGAGUCGCCUCGUCUAGCUCUGUUCCUCGGGAUGGCACAUUCUUGCUUUCUGUGUACACCAUCCCAAGCCAGUGGCUCAUGGAACCUAUGGACGACGUUGUUCAACAUGUCGUCGCUUCCCUUGGCACCCUGCGUUCUUGCAAGCUUAUCCAGAAUGGAACGAACAUGAGUCACUACCAAGUUGAAUAUUUCAACAAGCGUCAUGCGACCUAUGCUUUUUCUUGUCUUGCUGGGUUUAGGCUUGAAAGUCUUCAUUUCAAUGUCUUUAUUGAUGCGCAAGAAGAAAUGCCUGUUUUGCCUCAUCUUCGAACCACCAGCUUUGGCUCCCCUCAGAGCCCAGUGACGCCCUACCACCUCGUGUCCAAGGAGAACGAGACCGAGGAGAAGGUCGACGUUUCCCCAGCUUCUGAAGAGGGUCAGACGAGUGCAGAACAUGCUAUUAACCUUGACCGAAUCAGGCAAGGACUAGACGUUCGCAGCACUGUCAUGAUCCGCAACAUUCCCAACAAAAUAACAUCGGACCAGUUGAAAUCCAUUCUUGACGAAUCCAGCUAUGGGAAGUAUGACUUCCUUUACCUGCGCAUGGAUUUUACCCAUCGUUGCAACGUUGGUUAUGCGUUUAUGAACUUUGGUGAUGCAAUUGACAUUGUGAAUCUCGUACACGCUCGACAGGGCAAGACUUGGCCCGACUGCAUCUCCGAGAAGAGGGCCGAGGUUUCUUAUGCCACACUCCAAGGAAAGGAAGCUCUCGUAAAUAAGUUUCGCAACAGUAACGUUAUGACCCGUCCUCACGAAGAGCGACCUCGACUUUUCCAUAUCGAUGGCCCACGCGCGGGCACCGAAGCGGCUUUCCCUGGUCCCAAUGAUGCCAGUAAGCUCCGUCGUUCAGUUGCCAGCACUACUCAGCAAGGCCUCUUUGCACCUCGGAACCGAGCUCCCACUACGCCUCGCGCCAACCGUACGCGGCCCCAGUCUCAGUCCUUCAGCCAGACUCCGCGAGGUCGACCAUCAAUUCGCACUCCCCGGCAUUCCGGCGGACGAUCGGUCCAGCAUGUCCCUGGCGAAUUUUCUUCGAUGCAGGCAGAGGACCGUCAAUUCCUCUCGCAGAGAAAUUAA